CCCCAAUUCCGGCGCUAACUAGCCCUUCCCUGUCAGCUCAAAUUCUACUGCACGGCUAAACCUUCACCCCCACUACCGUAUCUACAGUACACAGAGUAGGUAGAUACACAGAGUACGCCACAUCCACAACCUCCACCCCGCCGCGAUCAUUACAAUGCUGGCCCUCCCUCGCCUCCGCUUCCUCCUGCCGCCCGCCGUGCGCGCAUUCACACUGUCGGCCGCCAGCUUCGCCGGCGGGCCGCGACUACCCCCGCGGAUGAUACUCGACGAAGCAGACUUCACCGAGGUGUUCCUGAAGGGCAGCGGCCCCGGCGGGCAAAAAAUCAACAAGACCUCCUCGGCGGUGCAACUGAUCCACAAGCCUACCGGUAUUGUCGUAAAGUCGCAGGAGACGCGGUCUCGCUCACAGAACCGGAAGAUAGCGCGGCAGCUGCUGGCGGAGAAGGUGGAGCACGCGCUGAUGGGCGACGAGUCGCGCGUGUCGAAGAAGUGGCAGAUCGAGAGUGCCAAGCGCGCCAGCUCCAUGAAGAAGAGCGCCCGCAAGUACCGCAAGCUCGACGCGCAGAAGGAGAAGGUCGAGCUGCUGAAGGAUGAGUGGCAGCGGUAUAUCGACUCAAGGAAGAAGCUCGGCCUCGAGAUCCCCGUGGAUGCCCACCUGGGUCCCAAGUUGCCCGAGGGAGGGACGAAGUACUUCAGGAAGGGGAGUAAGACCCAGCUGGAGUGGCCGGAUGAGGAACCGAAGAUUAGGAGGCUCAUAAGGGAUAGUAAUGGCAACAAGGUGGAUUUCAUCAUAGAUGAUGAGAAGCUGGUCAUGGAGUCGGACAUUAUCGGGCCAAAGAGGGAAAGGUUGACGAUUAAUGCCAAGGCGGUCAAGGCCUCCGAUUGGAUGUGGGAGAUGCCGGGCAUAGUCGAGGUCGCCUUGCAGCAUCAGGAUGAUUAUCCGAAGAAUGUGGUACAGAGUGGCGCUAAGGAUGAAGUCGCCCUCAUGUACCGUGGGAUGUCCGGGUUCGACUAUGUCAGGGAGGAGGAAAAGCAGGAGAGGCUAGCUAUGCUCAAGGCAGCGACGGAAGUGGCAGUGGAAGCAGACAAGGCGAAGAAGGAUAUGAAGGCGCCGCCCAAGGUAUUGGAAAAGAAUACAAGCCUAUCGGAGGAGCGCAGUCUUAGACGGAGCGCAGUCUGAGACGAGAUAGAGAAGGGAAAUCGGGCCCAGGAAGGAGAUUCGAGGAAACGAAGGAGAUGGAGAAGUUGGAGACAGUUGGAGAAGCAUCUCGAGGCUAAGAAACAGUAGACACACAUAACUGUGUAUGUAUUAUAGUAGGCGUUAAAUACCACCAUAGAUAAACAUCAAAUUCAGACGCCCAUCUGCGGACCGCAAUUUAAUAAUAAUGUCCCUCCCCUGGUCUUCCUCCACGGCCUCUGUAU